AUACAUGAUGGAACAUCCUCAGUUUGUGAAAACCAUUCAAACGGUUGUUACCCCAGAUUUGGAAAAAAUCGAGGCACAUUUUAUUAGUGAAAAUUGGGUUGGUAUUGAUUGCAAUUCUGAUAUAUUACUUUCCAAGACAAAUAAGAAAUCUAAAACGAAUCUAGGAAAGUCAACAAAAAAACAAGAAACUAAACUUCCCAGUUAUAUUCAAAUGUUUCUGGAUAUGUAUAUGAAAACAAAGAAAAAACCAACUAAAGAAAAUCCUACAAAAAAGGCUGAAUCUGACGAGAAAAAGAACGAAAAAGUAAAAGCUAUAAAUGAUCGACCCAAUAAUUUAUUCUCGAAACAUACUGCUGAAGCUGCAGAAGAUGGAAUCAUCACUAGUACUGUGCAAAAAUUAGCCGAUAAAAAUGUAGGUUUUCAUUUCAUGGCCGGUAAUGCAGAUAUAAUUGGAAAAUGCUUGCAAGAUGAGAAAAGGAGUACUGCUGGUGACAAUAAGCUUUCGGAGAAAGUCAGAACUACGGAGAAAAUUGAGCAAGACUCAAAUAAAGAUUUAAAUGAAUACAAUUAUGAUAAUGAUCAGAUCGGUAAUGAAUGCGAUAAAUCAAUAAAUAAGUAUACAUUGUGCGGUGACAUAUCUGAAACUUGUGAAUUUUCAAAUGAUUUAUUUGACGAUUUUUUUGAAUGUGAUGUUGAUGUAGAUGAUGAAUUUUUUGGUGCUUGUGAGGAAGGCAAAUCUGAUCAGUGGAAUACUUCACACAAUGCUAAAAAUCCAGAAUGUUUUGUAAAUGAAUUGAACCCUGAAAACACUUCUAAUAAUUGUCAUGACGAAAUCCGCAAAGUUCACGAUGAAAAAAACAAACUUUGUUUCAACUUUCUUGAUGAGAAUAAAUACUCUCUAUUACUUGAUGGUCAAAAAUAUUCACAAAAAGAUAAUCAGAAUAUUGAUCAUUCCCAGCAAAAGAACAUGUGUGAUGAUGUACACAUCUGCCCAACUAAUGCUAAUAUUCAUUCGAGGAGCAAUAUUCAUGAAUUAUUCGGUUCACACAAAGAUCAAAUGGAAAACACAGUAAAUCGAUCUCUGGAACUAUCAGAUGUUGAAUCAAUCAAUGAAGAAAGUAUCCAAAAUGAAAAGAGGGCAGAAUCUGGGCGAUGUGAAAGUCGUGAAUCUGAAAGCAAUCAGGAUUCUGUGUCAAAAAUAUUCAAUUCUCAAAUGCAACAGCGGAAGAUCUGCAAGAACUCGAAUAGUGAUAGAGAAGGUACCCAAACAAAUUCAGAAUCUACUGAGAUCCAAUCAGAAAACACAAAAUUAUUUACUGAUUUUGAUACGGUUUUGAAAAACGAUGCUUCACUACUUUCCAUCAGACAGAAAUAUGCAUAUGGAGAAAAUAUUCAAGAGAAUGGUGCUAGCUCUAACAAUAACUUCAUAAAGGAAAAUUCACAGAAGAAUUUGAACAAUUCUCAGGAAAAUAUAAAGAACCAUUGGUUUUACAAAAUAAACAAAAGACGAAAAAGGGGUUUGGAGGAUAUUCAUCCUGCAGAACAGUUUGAGAACAAAAUAUAUAGGGAAGAAAAGAAGGUGAUCCUGAAUGAAUUCAAAAAACCAAACCGAAAAAAAAUUAACCAUUACCCUCAAACAGAUCUUUAUCCAAAUUCGACGAUAAGUAACCAGAAGUACACCAUUACAGAAGUCUUAGAACCUAAUAAGAAGGCAAGUAUAUACGAUUUUGAAGCGGAUAUUGGUAGAGAGAGGAUGGGAAAGGAGAAGGAAAACCAAAAAAGUAUAAAGUGGAGAUCUCCUUUGGUUAUGUCACCUGCAGUGAAAUUCUCUCCGAAAAUGAACUUUUCUGGUCAAUUAUUCAAAGAAAAUGAUAUCGGAGCUCAGAAUAAUAUAUUUAACGAAACGUUGAACACUUCUGUGUUAUCAAAAAACUCAAGAAACGGUCCAAAUUCAACACAGAACAUACAAAAGACACCAAGACAACCCAAAAAUAAUCAGAAUAUUUUCCAAAAUUACAAACAUCGUGGAACAAAAUUUCCUCUUUGCGACAAUGAUUAUUGUGUGGAGAAUUUAAAAUCCAAAGAAGCAGACAGAAGUUUGGAUUAUUCAGACAUUUUUUCAUCUUCAAUUUUAGGAAGCCAUUUAAUUGAAGAACAGAAAAAAAAUACUCCAAAAAGAUAUAAACAAUGUGAACCUUCCUCGGCUACAGAUUAUUAUACUCAGUUUGUGAAUCAAUCCAUAGCUCAAAAAGACAAAUCUGAUGAGAAGACAGGAUCAUUUGAACGAAAAUCUUCAUCUCCAUCAAACAGUGAGAAGGAAAAUAUUCCAAAGGAAGACAUUUCAGUUUCUAGGAAUUCAUCACUUUCUCAAAUUAUUAGAAGCCCAAAAAACUUUACUUUAUCUCAAGAUAUGUUAGAAUCGGAAGCUUUAAGGAAAACUUUUUCCAAUAGUUUUGUAGAUUCCAGAGAAAUGCGUAACUCAGUAUUGUCUCAAAACAGACCAUUGACGUAUGAUCAGAAUUCAUCACAUCAAAUAAAUUUCCCAGAUAGAUACGAGGACAACAUGAUGCAUCCUACUCAGGCUGGCCGUAUUUAUAAUAAUUCAUCACUGAUUCAGCCAUCGAUAGCACCAGAAUAUUCAGUGAAUACUUCAGUUUAUCCGUUGCAGGAUCCGAGAUACUUGACAGAAUACGGUUCUCAAAAAUUGUCUCGACCUACUGAGACUAUGAUUUCUGGUCAUAUGCAGACAAUGAUGCCUUGCAAUACACAAAACAUGAAUGUUCACUAUCCCAGAUCAUACCCAAACUUAGAAUAUUACAGGAGUCUAAAUGACAGCUUCAGACCAGAUCCCAACCAUUUCCCUUAUUCACCCAUUGGACCCCCUGAAAAUUAUAGAUAUCCUCCCUGGCCAGGGAUGCCAUUUUAUUACAAUCCUGAAGUUCAUAUGAAACAGGAUUAUCCAUAUCCUGACUAUUAUCCGAAUUUUAAAGCUCCAGAUUCUUAUAUGACACGACAAAUAUCAAAUUUUGAUGAUAUUCAAAACAUGAGUUUCGCCAAUAAUUCACAGGUAACGUUUUUGAAUAAUUUUGGGUUGAAUAUUUCUAUAAGGUUUGGUAUUUUUGUAAAUCUGAAGAAUAUCCAUCAUUAUUCUUUAAAAAUUACCAGAUAUUGUAUUGUUAAAAUAACAAUUGUUAACAGGUGACAGGUGCGCCAAUUUAAAAGCACUUUGUAGGGUGUUCUAAAACUCUCAUGGAUUCAAACAUGGUGAUUUCGACUUUAUUUUAGCUUGUGGAAUCAAGAUUGACUUUGAAAACAACAGCUGAAAUUUUUCGAUUAUUUACAAAAUAGAAAUUUGCAUAUGCAAAGAAAACUUACUAAUACAGUUUACUGUGAUUUUAUUAUGGAAGGUUUACAAAACCACGCAAAAGUGUUUUGCUAUAUAAUAGCAGCAUCAAUAAUAACUUGAGCAUACAUAUCAAAAAUAACAAACAAGAGUUUGGUAAAAGAUUGUUCAGGAGUUUACAAAUUGUCGUGUGAUUCAUGUUUGAUAUUUUACAUAAGUAAAAUUGGAGGAACAUUCAAAGCACUCGUUAAAGAACAUAGAAACAGUUUCAAGAAUGGAAACAUUGAUUUUACAUAUGCUACUCACCUCCAUACAGAGGGACAUGGGUUCAAUCAUGAAUUCAAAACAUUUCAUUUCCAGAAGAAAAAUUCGAAACCUGACUUUCUGGAAAGUAAGGAAUUCUAUAAAUUCAAUAGUUCCCAUUAUUAAAUAAACGAUGAAAUUAUUUUGAAUAACACUCUUUUAUUGAUUUUCUUUCAUUUUCAGCCAUUAAUUUGUUGACGUGUUUAUACUUAUUUUUACCUGUUUGUAAUAGCGAAUUAAGUAUUAUAUCUGCUGUUUUCAGGUAGUUAAAUCUAUUCCGGAAUUAACUAUCUCUAAUGGUAAUAUUUUAGAAGUAAUUUAUUGAAAACACUCUUCCUUCUCCAGAACAUAAUACUCUCUCUGGACAUGCGUUUCCCUAACCAAAUCAGUAUCUACAGGAGAUGACAAAGACUACUUCUAACAGCUAUGUUAAUAUAUUUUAUUUUUGGAUGUUUUUUCAAUAUUUAAAUGGUUUCUCAAUUGAUUAAUGUUUUUUUUUAUUUUAAAAUACAUUAACAUAGCUGUUAGACGUAGUCUGUGUCUUUUUCCUGAGGUUGAUAACUUGAUUUGCGAAACGUGCGUUGAGGAACAGUAUUUUGUUAUUGUGUAGGAAAAGUGUGUAAUUUGAGGAAUAUUAUAUUAAGUCCAUUUUCAAGAAUAAUAGAAUGAUUAUAGAUGCCUUGCAUAUUA